GGGCCCGCUCCUCAGGCACCGAGGCUUCGAGGCGUCGGCCCUUCCCGUCCGGUCGAUGGGCGCCCUGUGAGACUGGUCCCCCUAGCUGGGGGCGCGUGUGGGAGGAGGCGACCGAUUGACUGACCGGGAGCCCCCGGCCGGCCCUCCCUCUCCUUCCUCGGCCCCUCCCACUCUCUUCGGCUGUGGGGCUGCCACCGCUCGGGAGUCCGCGCCCGUCCGUUCCUCGCGUUGCCGCCGCCCCCGGGGCCUAGCCCGCCCAGCUCGGGAAGCGGCGGCGGCGGCGGCGGCGGGGAGCUGGAGCCGCCGCCGCAUCCGCCGCAUCCGCUUCGACUUGGUGCCGGCCCCUUGCCCUGCCCCUCAUGACUGCGGCGCCUCCGCUGCUCCAGCCUUCCCGGCCGUCUCUCGCCGCAGGAUGGAUGCGGACCGUGAGGCGCUAACCCCCGUGGCUCAGCUCCUCGAUCGCCCUCCGACGAGCCCGCCUCGUGAGCCGUAUCAGCCGCCGCAACUGGGCCCAGGGGCCCGCGUCUCCUUCGGGGCGGCUCGUCAGUGCUGAGUGAGGAGCCGGCCGUCCAGGUGGAUCCGAACCCGCUGGCGGCGGGAGCCGUCGCAGCGGGACCCUCACACCGCCGCCGCUCCUCGGUCUCGGCCCCUCGCCUUCUCUUCCUUCACGAGUUCGAGCCCGCUCGCCUCGCUCCAGCGGACCGACCAUGUCUGGCGGCGCCUCAGAGAAGCAGAGCAGCACUCCGAGCUCCUUGUUCCUUUCGCCGCCGGUGCCUUCCCCCAAGAAUGGCUCCAGCUCCGAUUCCUCGGUGGGGGAGAAACUGGGCAGCGCGGGGCCCGACGCCGGAACUGGCCGGACAGAGGAGUACCGGCGUCGCCGCCACACUAUGGACAAGGACAGCCGUGGCGCGGCCGCCACCACUACCACCACUGAGCACCGCUUCUUCCGCCGCAGCGUCAUCUGCGACUCCAACGCCACUGCGCUGGAACUGCCCGGCCUUCCCCUUUCUCUCCCCCAGCCCGCCGUCUCCACGGCGGCUCCGCAGAGCACCCCGCCGGAGCCCCACCGCGAGGAGACCUUGACCGCCACCGCCGCUGCCCAGGUAGCCCAGCUGCCUCCCGCCGCUGCCGCCCCCGGGGAGCCAGCCGGCGCGGGCGCUGUAGCCGCGACCGCCCCCAGCAGUACCGGCAGAGACCGCCAAGUUUCCCAGCCCAACCAUGUGGGGAGCAAAGAGGAGCCUCCGUCGGCCAGAAGUGGCAGCGGCGGCGGCGGCAGCGCCAAGGAACCACAGGAGGAACGGAGCCAGCAACAGGAUGACAUCGAAGAGCUGGAGACCAAGGCCGUGGGAAUGUCCAACGAUGGCCGCUUUCUCAAAUUCGACAUCGAGAUUGGCCGAGGCUCCUUUAAGACCGUCUACAAAGGUCUCGACACUGAAACUACUGUGGAGGUCGCCUGGUGUGAACUGCAGGAUCGAAAAUUAACAAAGUCUGAGAGGCAGAGAUUUAAAGAAGAGGCAGAAAUGUUAAAGGGCCUUCAGCAUCCCAAUAUUGUUCGAUUCUAUGAUUCCUGGGAGUCCACAGUAAAAGGGAAGAAGUGCAUUGUUUUGGUGACUGAACUAAUGACAUCUGGAACACUUAAAACGUAUCUGAAAAGGUUUAAGGUGAUGAAGAUCAAAGUUCUAAGAAGCUGGUGCCGUCAGAUCCUAAAAGGACUUCAGUUUCUUCAUACCCGAACUCCGCCUAUUAUUCACCGAGAUCUUAAGUGUGACAACAUCUUUAUCACUGGCCCUACAGGCUCAGUCAAGAUUGGAGACCUAGGUCUGGCAACUCUGAAGCGGGCUUCUUUUGCCAAGAGUGUGAUAGGUACCCCAGAGUUCAUGGCCCCUGAGAUGUAUGAGGAAAAAUAUGAUGAAUCUGUUGAUGUUUAUGCUUUUGGGAUGUGCAUGCUUGAGAUGGCCACAUCUGAAUACCCUUACUCAGAGUGCCAAAAUGCUGCGCAGAUCUACCGUCGAGUGACCAGUGGAGUGAAGCCUGCCAGUUUUGACAAAGUAGCAAUUCCUGAAGUGAAGGAAAUUAUUGAAGGAUGCAUAAGGCAAAACAAAGAUGAAAGAUAUUCUAUCAAAGACCUUUUGAACCAUGCCUUCUUCCAGGAGGAAACAGGGGUACGGGUAGAAUUAGCAGAAGAAGAUGAUGGAGAAAAGAUAGCCAUUAAAUUAUGGCUACGUAUUGAAGAUAUUAAGAAACUAAAGGGAAAAUACAAAGACAAUGAAGCUAUUGAGUUUUCCUUUGACUUGGAAAGAGAUGUGCCAGAAGACGUUGCUCAAGAAAUGGUAGAGUCUGGGUAUGUCUGUGAAGGUGAUCACAAGACCAUGGCAAAAGCCAUCAAAGAUAGAGUAUCAUUAAUUAAGAGAAAACGAGAACAGCGGCAGUUGGUACGGGAGGAACAAGAAAAAAGAAAGCAGGAAGAGAUCAAUCAGAAACACCAGGUAGAACAACAAUCAAGUACUUCCCAGGCAGGAGUCAAACAGAUCCCAUCUGCUAGUACUGGCAUGCCUCCUGCUUCUACCACAUCAGCUUCAGUUUCUACACAAGUAGAACCUGAAGAACCUGAGGCAGAUCAACAUCAACAACUACAGUACCAACAAACUAGUAUAUCUGUGUUAUCUGACGGGACGGUUGACAGUGGUCAAGGAUCUUCUGUCUUCACAGAAUCUCGAGUGAGCAGCCAACAGACAGUUUCAUAUGGGUCCCAACAUGAACAGGCACAUUCUACUGGCACAAUCCCAGGGCAUACAGCUUCUGUUGUCCAAGCACAAUCUCAGCCUCAUGGGGUAUAUCCAUCCUCAAGUAUGCCUCAGUCCAUGGCGCAUCCGUGUGGGGGGACCCCAACAUACCCAGAAUCACAGAUAUUUUUCCCAACUAUUCCUGAACGUCCAGUUUCUUUUUCACCACCUCCCACCUGUCCACCGAAGGUGGCCAUUUCCCAGCGGCGUAAGAGCACCUCCUUCUUGGAAGCCCAAACUCGCCACUUCCAACCCCUGCUGAGGACUGUUGGCCAAAAUCUUCUUCCACCUGGUGGCAGCCCAACUAACUGGACACCAGAGGCCGUAGUUAUGUUGGGCACUACAGCCAGUAGAAUAACUGGAGAGCCAUGUGAGAUACAGGUCCAUCCUAUGUUUGAACCAACUCAAGUUCACGGUGACUAUAGACCUGGACUAGUACUUCCAGAAGAAGCUCACUAUUUUAUUCCUCAGGAACCAGUGUAUUUAGCUUACCAGGCCCAGGUGACAGAACAGUAUGAGGGUAUUCCAUACAACUCACCAGUACUGUCAAGUCCUAUGAAACAGAUACCUGAACAGAAGCCAGUACCAGGGGGCCCUACCUCAAGUUCUGUCUUUGAAUUUCCAUCUGGACAGGCUUUCCUGGUAGGACACCUUCAGAAUUUAAGAUUAGAUUCUGGAUUGAGUCCAGGAUCUCCCCUCUCUAGUAUUUCUGCACCUAUCAGUACAGAUGCUACACGUUUGAAAUUUCACCCUGUCUUUGUUCCUCAUUCUGCGCCCGCUGUGUUAACUCAUAACAAUGAGAGCAGAAGCAAUUGUGUAUUUGAGUUUCAUGUUCACACUCCAAGCUCCUCUUCGGGAGAAGGAGGAGGAGUCUUGCCUCAGCGUGUUUACCGAAAUCGACAGGUUGCAGUGGACUUGAAUCAGGAAGAACCACCUCCUCAAUCAGUUGGAUUACAUGGCCGCCUACAGCCUGUGACUGAAGAACAGCGUAAUUACCAUGCCCCAGAAUUGACCGUUUCUGUGGUAGAGCCUAUCGGACAGAACUGGCCAAUAGGAAGCCCAGAAUAUUCCAGUGAUUCCUCACAAAUUACUUCUUCAGACCCCAGUGAUUUUCAAUCACCUCCCCCUACAGGGGGAGCAGCUGCACCUUUUGGCUCUGACGUCUCAUUACCCUUUAUCCGUCUGCCUCAGACAGUGUUACAAGAAUCCCCACUUUUCUUCUGUUUCCCCCAAGGAACCACAUCUCAGCAGGUUUUAUCUGCCUCAUUUUCUUCAGGAGGAUCUGCACUCCAUCCACAGGCACAGGGGCAAAGCCAGGGUCAACCAUCCUCAAGUAGCCUAACAGGGGUUCCAUCUUCCCUGCCCAUACAACAUUCUCAGCAGCAGCAGGGAGUACAGCAGACUGCCCCUCCUCAACAGACAGUGCAGUAUUCACUUCCACAGACAUCAACCUCCAGUGAGGCCACUACUGCACAGCCAGUCAGUCAGUCUCAGACUCCACAGGUCUUGCCUCAAGUAUCAUCUGGAAAACAGGGCUUCCCACCUCGACUGCCACCACAAUACCCAGGAGAUUCAAAUAUUGCUCCCACUUCCAGCGUGGCUUCUAUUUGCAUCCCUUCUACAGUCCUAUCCCCUCCCAUGCCGACAGAAGCACUGGCUACACCGGGUUACUUUCCUACAGUGGUGCAGCCUUUUGUGGAAUCAAACCUUUUGGUUCCUGUGGGCAGUAUAGGAGGACAGGUUCAAGUGUCUCAGCCAGCAGUGAGUUUAGCACAACAAGCCCCCACUACAUCCUCCCAGCAAGCAGCUCUGGAGAGUACUCAGGGAGUCUCUCAAGUUGCUCCUCCAGAGCCACUUCCAGUGGCACAGGCACAACCUACCACUUUGGUCUCUUCUAUAGACAGUGCACAUUCAGAUGUUGCUUCAGGAAUGAGUGAUGGCAAUGAGAAUGUCCCAUCAUCCAGUGGAAGGCAUGAAGGGAGAACUACAAAACGGCAUUAUCGAAAAUCUGUAAGAAGUCGCUCUCGUCAUGAAAAGUCCUCACGUCCAAAAUUGAGAAUUUUGAAUGUUUCAAAUAAAGGGGACCGGGUAGUAGAAUGUCAGUUAGAGACUCAUAAUCGGAAAAUGGUUACAUUCAAAUUCGAUUUAGAUGGUGACAAUCCUGAGGAGAUAGCAACAAUUAUGGUGAACAAUGACUUUAUCUUAGCAAUAGAGAGAGAGUCCUUUGUGGAUCAAGUACGAGAAAUUAUUGAAAAAGCUGAUGAAAUGCUCAGCGAGGACGUCAGUGUGGAACCAGAGGGUGACCAGGGAUUGGAGAGUCUACAGGGAAAGGAUGACUAUGGCUUUGCAGGUUCUCAAAAAUUGGAAGGAGAAUUCAAACAACCAAUUCCUGCAUCUUCUAUGCCACAGCAAAUAGGCAUUCCUACCAGUUCUUUAACUCAAGUUGUUCAUUCUGCUGGAAGACGGUUUAUAGUGAGUCCUGUGCCAGAAAGCCGAUUACGAGAAUCAAAACUUUUCACUGGUGAAAUAUCAGAUACGGUUGCUGCCUCAACAUCCCAUGGCGCUGGAAUGAACUUGUCUCAUUCUGCUUCAUCCCUUAGCCUACAACAGGCGUUUUCUGAACUCAGACAUGCCCAAAUGACAGAAGGGCCCAAUACAGCACCUCCCAACUUCAGUCAUACAGGACCAACAUUUCCAGUAGUACCUCCUUCCAUGAGUAGCAUUGCUGCAGUCCCAACCACAGCAGCAGCCACACCUUCAAUAUCAGCCCCUGCAACUAGCAGCCCUCUUAAUGACAUGUCCACAUCAGUAAUUCAGUCUGAGAUUCCAGUGCCCACUGAAAAAGGGAUUGGUGGAGUUGCCACCUGCACAGGUGUGAUACCGUCAAGUGGUCUCCCUGUACCUCCUAUAUCUGAAUCACCAGUAUUUUCCACUGUGGUUUCAAGCGUUACAAUACCUACAGUUGUCUCAAUAUCAACAACAUCCCAGCCAGUUCAGGCUUCUACAUCUGGGAGUGUUGUUUCUAGCAUAGGCACUUUGCCAUCUAUACCAGUUUCAACGUUAGCCUCUGCUGCGGGCAGUGCUGCUGUCUCAGGUGCUAAGCCUCCACCUGUAGUAUCUCAACAAGUGACAGGCAGUACUUCUGGGGUAGCCACGUUAACAUCCAUUGCUGCCACCACUCCAUUCCCGAGCAUAGCUUCCCAGCUGCCUCUUCAGCUGAGCAGCAGCACCUCUGCUCCUACUCUAGCUGAAACAGUGGUGGUUAGUGCACACUCACUAGAUAAAACAUCUCAUAGCAGUACAACUGGAUUGGCUUUGUCCCUGUCUGCAUCAUCAUCUUCCUCCCCUGGAGCAGGAUUAUCUAGUUCUGUUUCUCAGCCUGGUGGGGUGCAUCCUUUGGUCACCCCAUCAGCUAUAGCUUCUACUCCUGUCCUUCCUCAAGCAGCAGGACCUACUUCUACACCUUUAUUACCCCAAGUACCUAGUAUCCCACCUUUGGUACAACCUGUUGCCAGUGUGCCUGCUGUGCAGCAGACACUAAUUCAUAGUCAGCCUCAACCAGCUUUACUUCCCAACCAGCCCCACACUCACUGUCCUGAAAUAGAUGCUGACUCACAGCCCAAGGCUCCUGGAAUUGAUGACAUAAAGACUCUAGAGGAAAAGCUGCGGUCUCUCUUUAGUGAACACAGCUCAUCUGGAGCCCAACAUGCAUCUGUCUCACUGGAGACAUCACUGGUAGUAGAGACCACUGUUGCACCAGGCAUCCCAACCACUGCUGUUGCACCAAGCAAGCUCAUGACUUCUACUACAAGUACAUGCUUACCACCAACAAGUUUGCCAUUAGGGACAACUGGUUUGUCAGUUAUACCAGUGGUCACACCGGGACAAGUUUCCACCCCAGUCAGCUAUGUGUCUGCCCCAGUCAGCACUACAUCAGGAGUGAAAGCUGGAACUGCUCCAUCAAAGCCACCUUUAACUAAAGCUCCAGUGCUGCCAGUGGGUACUGAACUUCCAGCUGGUACUCCACCCAGCGAGCAGCUGCCACCUUUUCCAGGACCUUCACUAAUUCAGUCCCAGCAACCUCUGGAAGAUCUUGAUGCUCAAUUGAGAAGAACACUUAGUCCAGAGACUGUUGUGGGGACAUCUACAGUUGGGCCUGUGUCCAUGGUGGCUCCAGCAGCAGUUACAGAAGCAGGAACACCGCCUCAGAAGGAUGUUUCUCAAAUCACAGAAGGUCCUGUCCUAGGAACUAGUUCAGGAACUGGUGUUUUUAAGAUGGGACGAUUCCAGGUUUCAGUUGCAAUGGAUGAUGUCCAAAAAGAGGGUAAAAAUAAGUCAGAAGAUGCAAAGUCUGUUCAUUUUGAGUCUAGCACUUCAGAGUCCUCAGUACUAUCAAGUAGUAGUCCAGAAAGUACCCUGGUGAAGACAGAGCCUAAUGGGAUCCGUAGCAUCUCAUCAGAUAUGCCAGAUAGUGCCCACAAAACUCCUGCCUUGGGAGCAAAGUCAGAAACUGGGCAGCCUACAAAGGUAGGACGCUUCCAGGUGACAACUACAACGAACAAAGUAGGUCGUUUCUCUGUAUCAAGAACUGAAGACAAGAUUGCUGAGGCAAAGAAAGAGGGACCAAUGGCAUCUCCUCCUUUUAUGGAUUUGGAACAAGCUGUUCUCCCUGCUGUGAUACCAAAGAAAGAAAAGCCUGAACUGUCAGAGCCUUCACAUCUGAAUGGGCCAUCUUCUGACCUGGAGGCCGCCUUCCUAAGCAGGGAUGUGGAUGAUGGUUCAGGUAGUCCACACUCCCCCCAUCAGCUGAGCUCAAAGAGCCUCCCUAUCCAGAAUCUAAGUCAGAGCCUUAGUAAUUCAUUCAACUCCUCUUACAUGAGUAGUGACAAUGAGUCAGAUAUUGAAGAUGAAGAUUUAAAAUUAGAGCUGCGAAGACUACGAGAAAAACAUCUUAAAGAGAUUCAAGACCUGCAGAGUCGCCAGAAGCAUGAAAUUGAAUCUUUAUAUACCAAACUGGGCAAGGUUCCCCCUGCUGUCAUUAUUCCCCCAGCUGCCCCUCUUGCAGGGAGAAGAAGGCGACCCACUAAAAGCAAAGGCAGCAAAUCUAGUCGCAGCAGUUCCUUGGGGAAUAAAAGCCCCCAGCUUUCAGGUAACCUGUCUGGUCAGAGUGCCACUUCAGUUUUGCACCCCCAGCAGACCCUCCACCCUCCUGGCAACAUCCCAGAGACUGGGCAGAAUCAGUUGUUACAGCCCCUUAAGCCAUCUCCCUCCAGUGACAACCUCUAUUCAGCCUUCACCAGUGAUGGUGCCAUUUCAGUACCAAGCCUUUCUGCUCCAGGUCAAGGGACCAGCAGCACAAAUACUGUCGGGGGAACAGUGAACAGCCAAGCCGCCCAAGCUCAGCCUCCUGCCAUGACGUCCAGCAGGAAGGGCACAUUCACAGAUGAUCUGCACAAGUUGGUAGACAAUUGGGCCCGAGAUGCCAUGAAUCUUUCAGGCAGGAGAGGAAGCAAAGGACACAUGAAUUAUGAGGGCCCUGGAAUGGCAAGGAAGUUCUCCGCACCUGGUCAGCUGUGCAUCUCCAUGACCUCAAACCUGGGUGGUUCUGCCCCCAUCUCUGCUGCAUCAGCUACCUCUCUAGGUCACUUCACCAAGUCCAUGUGCCCCCCACAGCAGUACGGUUUUCCAGCUCCCCCCUUUGGCACUCAGUGGAGUGGGACAGGUGGCCCAACACCACAGCCACUUGGCCAGUUCCAACCUGUGGGAACUGCCUCCUUACAGAAUUUCAACAUCAGCAAUUUGCAGAAAUCCAUCAGCAACCCCCCAGGUUCCAACUUGCGGACCACUUAGACCUAGAGACAUUAACCGAGUAGAUUUGGGGGCAGGAGAUGGAAUGCUGAGGGGUGGGCGGGAGGGGGGAAUGGGAAAGUAGCCUAUAUACUAACUACUAGUGCUGCAUUUAACUGGUUAUUUCUUGCCAGAAAGGAAUGUUUUUAAUACCGCUUAGAGCCCUCAGAAUUGAGAAUCUCCCUCCCCCUUCACCAUUUAUUGGAGUGGAACAAGAGGGAAAGAGCAGCUUUCUUGUGAUGGGGCGGUUUCAAACUAUGCUUUCCUGUUCUCUACACCCAAUAGCAAGGGCUAAGAAAGAGAAUCAUUUAUCAGAAAGCCACAAGAGAGCUCAGUCAGUGGAAAAACCAAACCCCAUCUGGAUUUUCAAAUGGGUGGAGCUCUUAAUGUUGGUACCCACCCCAAAUCCCUUAUUCCCUCAAGAAUCCAAACCACAACACAAAAAAACAAACAAAAAACCUAUUGGGCUCUCUCCUACCCUGUUCCCCCCUCCCUUUUUUUUUUCUUUCUUUGUUUCUUCUUUUGUUUCUUUCUUUCUUUUUGCUCUUUAGAACCCAGUGAAAAACACCAGGGGACUGAGGUUUCAACCCUUUCUUAUGAUAGGUCAUUAGUGCUUUUAAGCAAAUGAUAUUAGCAGCUUUGACUGCAGCAUUAGCAAUUAGGAAAAAAAAUUAAGUUCCCUGCGGACAUGUAACUUUGCCAUCAGUUUUGAUGUGGAAACACUGUGAUAUAUAAAUGUUGUUGGACAACAGUAGUUUUAAGAGUAAAAUACGAAAGGUUUAAAAAGUUGAAAAAAAGCAAGCUCUGUCCUUUACUUAUUGAGACACUUUAGCUUUUUCCUUUGUAUUUCCAUUGUAGUAGAUAAAUAAAUGUGAAUGUAAGAUUGUAUAAAUUACUGUACUUGAAUACUUCUGUUCUCCCAGUAUUGCUUGCUGGAUAUUUUAGUGCCUUGGACUUCUACUGCUUCUGCCAUUAGCACCAACUUCUCAUCAGACCCCAAAUCAGCAGAGGGCGUAUGGAAGGAUAAUAGGUCCAUGUGACCCCAGCAGAGGAUUAUGCCAAAGGGAAACUGAAAGAGUAUUUUUUUUUCUUUUAAGUCAUUCAAUUUUGUCUAGAGCAGGUGUAAGAUGAGCAGGGUGAGAAGUUAAGUUGACAUCAGUGGUUGAAAGCAGAAAGUUCUGUUUCAGGAACAGUGAGGAGGGGUUUUGUAACAAAAUUGGACAAUUUAAAAGAUUAAGGGUGGUGUGUGAUAAAUGAAGAAAAAGGAAGACUAAGAAUGGGAGAACAAACUCGUUAUGAAGAUAUGUGAUGCCUGGCCUGUGGGUGCCAUAAGCCUUACUUGAGCCAGGCUGGAACAGACAAGACCUAGUAGAAAUGGCUGAAUAUAAAGGGAGUGGGGGCUAGUUUUUACGUUGGGAAACUGAUAGUGAAGAGUCACAGAUGGAGAAAGUUGCUCUAAGAAAAACUGUAUGGAUUGCUUUCCUCUUGUUGCAAAUGUCUCCUGCAUUUCCCAGCUUGGGGUACUGUAUUUUGUGGAAAGUGGACCCACAUCUGAAUUAAGCAUUGUAAGAAAGAGUGCUUAUUCCUACUCAUUUCCUAUGUGAUGUCCAGAUGGUUGCAGAAUCCUAAGUCUGUUGUGCCACCUCUUUUUCUAGAAUUGCAACUGAUAUUCUCACAUUUUCAUAUAAACAAAUACUCCCCUUAAGUAAUAACUGCAACCAAUCAGUAUUAUUUAGUGCUAUGCCUAGUUGUAAUGGGCAGUUCUGUUAUUUUCAGAGCUUUCAGGAAAUACUCCUAAUUGGCUAUGUUUAGAUCUCUAUUAUCUCUGAAGAUGGGGAAAGAAGCUAGAACUCUUAAUUUAGGGGGUGCUUCUUUUCACUUGAGUUGGGAAAUUAACAUAGUUCUGAUCUCUGACCCACCUCAACUGGCACAUCCCAGGAAUCCCCACAAUAGGAAGAGCCUGGUUGGCUGUCCUGUCCUGCCGUUCCUUCAUGGGUCCUGUAUUAAGUUAGCCUAGGUCCCAAAGACGCAAAUGAGAGCUGAAGGUUUAGGAAAGUAGAAAUUAACAGGGGUUCCAAGCCCUACUUCAAAGCUGUUUACUUAUUUAUUCUCUGCUUAAGAUCCUUGGGGAGAUGGUAAGAGUAAGAAUAGAACAAAGAAGGUGCUGAGUAAAUGAGAAACGGACCACCUAAGAUGAAUGAAACUAUACUUUCUACUGGAGGAACGAGGGAACCAAAUGCAGCACAUUAUUUUUUGUUAUUUUGGCUUAAUUUUGAGAUCUCUUCACUUACACACAAAAAGUAAGAACUGGUUUUAUUUACUGUUGAUUUUUCUUCCCUCCUGUGGAUGAAAUAACUGAAGCCUAGAGGAAUGAACUAGCGCUACUGAACUGUUUAAAUUAUUUUUGUGUUAAUAGUACACUUUGAGUAUCUUUUUCCACAUUACAAAAAUCUUUCUGAAUUAUAAAUGUUUUCCUUACAUUAUUUAACAAUGUACACUGUUUAGAAAAACAAAUAAACUAAAUUCAAACCUUGGGGGUUUCUCAGCAGCCGUUAAUUGUACAUUUUGCACUAACUCUGGGUGUUGCGCUUCUUGUAAGAUUGCGCUUUGUGCUUCAGUUUGUUACCUUUGUAGACUUAUUUAAUGAAACCAUUCAAAUAAACCAAACUUGCUUUUGUUGA